UUGUGCAAAUCCAUGUUUUGAGCAUACGACCGUUGUUUAGCAAGGAUAAUUUGAAGAGCUAUGGGCGCCAUAGAAAUUGUGCUAUUAUUAGCCGGAUUGCUAUUGUUAUUGUACAAAUGGGCAACGGCUACACACAAUAUAUUUGAGGAACGUGGUCUCCCCUAUGAGAAGCCAUGGCCGCUGGUGGGUAACAUCGAAGCGGUAGUAAGAGGCAAGGCCUCGUUCCAGAAAUUUAUGUCCGAAUUUUAUGCGCGUACCAGACAGCACAAAUUGGUUGGAUUUUUUAACUUUCGGACACCAAUGAUUCAAAUUAACGAUCCCGAGAUUAUUAAAAAACUUACCGUUAAGGACUUUGACCACUUUCCCAACCAUCAGCCUUUUUUCACUUCCAAGGAGCCACUUUUGAAUGACAUGCUGAGUGUGAUGAAGGACCAACGAUGGAAGCAUAUGCGCAACACUCUUACACCAGUUUUCACCUCCUCCAAAAUGCGAAACAUGUUCGGCCUCAUGAACGAAAGCUUUGCUGAGUGCAUGCAGCAUUUAGGAACCAUUUCGUCCAAGACUGGUGAAGGCUUCGAUGUAGAGUUGAAGGAUGUUUGCAACAGACUUUCUAAUGAUCUAAUAGCAACAACCGCUUUCGGUCUUAAGGUUAACUCUUACAAAGAGCGCGAUAAUCAGUUUUACCAGAUCGGACAGUCGGUGGCCUUCUUUCGAGGAAAGCAAUUGUACAAAUUUAUGCUGUCGGCUACGAUUCCCUGGCUGUUCAAUUUACUGGGAUUUAAGAUCUUCGACUCGGAAAAGACAGCAUACUUUAUGCGCUUGGUGGUGGAUACAAUGAAGUACCGUGAGGAGAAUAAGAUCGUACGUCCGGACAUGAUACAACUGCUGAUGGAGGCCAAGAAGGAGGCGUCAGCCGACUGGACAGACGAAGAAAUCGUGGCUCAGUGCUUUAUAUUUUUCUUUGCAGCAUUCGAGAAUAACGCGAGCUUAAUAUGUACGACUGCCUAUGAACUGCUUAACAACCCUCAUGUACAACAAACUCUAUACCAAGAAGUGCAAGACACACAUGACGAGCUUGGAGGCAAGAGUUUGACAUACGAUGCUGUGCAAAAGAUGCCAUACAUGGACAUGGUUGUAUCUGAAUCGUUGCGAAAGUGGGCGCUGGCUGCAGCCACGGAUCGGCUGUGCUCCAAGGACUACGUUCUACGCGAUGACGAUGGCACAAAGAUAUUCGAAUUUAAAGUGGGCGAUCGCAUCAAUAUUCCUAUUGCUGGUCUACACUGGGACGAACGAUAUUUUCCGGAUCCCCUGCAUUUUGAGCCUGAGCGUUUCAGUGAAUCGCAAAAGGAUAACCUGGUGCCGUACACAUAUUUGCCGUUCGGUGUGGGACCUCGCAACUGCAUAGGAAAUCGAUACGCCUUGAUGCAGGCUAAAGCCAUGUUGUACAACUUGCUGCUGGUAUAUAAAAUUGAGCGGUCCCCAAAGACCGUUAAGAACUUGAUGGACCACUCUGUUGGUUUCCAGCUUACUCCUAAAAGCGGCUAUUGGGUCCAUUUAGUUCCUCGCAAAUGAGUUCUUGUUAAAUAUCUUGUGACUGCAAUUACUUUAAAGGUUUACAAAAUUACAUUCAACUAUUUUAAUGAAUCACGCAGUUAUGAAACUACUUACUAACAAAUAAAGAAACAUAUUUAAGAUAUCAGA